AUGGCGCACAAAGACUGGGGGCCAAGGGACACGGAGAGCGAACUCACGAGGCUCAAGAGCAUCACCGACAAGGCUCUCUUGCAAAACGUCGAGAAGCGCUACAGGGCUGGCAACAUCUACACGCGAAGCGGCCGCAUCGUGCUCGCCGUGAACCCCUACAAGAAGCUGCCGCUGUACACGGAGGAGACGCUGCAGGCCUACAAGGCGUCGCUGGCGCCGCAGGUGGAGCUGCCGCCGCACGUGUACGCCGUCGCCUCCUCGGCGCACUCGGGCAUGCUGCGAACGUCGACGAGCCAGUCGGUCAUCAUCUCCGGCGAGUCGGGCGCCGGCAAGACGGAGACCGCAAAGAUCCUCCUUGAGUACCUCGCCGAGGUGAGCUGCUCGGGCUCGGACCUGCAUACGCGCGUCCUCAAGACGAACCCCAUCAUGGAGAGCUUUGGCUGCGCAAAGACGAUCUGGAACAACAACUCGUCGCGCUUCGGCAAGUUCCUCACGCUCCAGUUCUCGCCGACCGGCCGGAUGCAGGGCGCCUUCAUGAAGACGUACCUCCUCGAAAAGUCGCGCAUCACGUCGCAGCUGGCGAACGAGCAGAACUACCACGUCUUCUACACCGUCGCAAAGGGCCUCUCCCCCUCCCAGCGGGCCGAGCUCCAGCUGCCCAAGGGGUCGGACGCCGUCGAGGCCUUCAAGCUGCUCAACCUCAGAAAGGCGUCUGACCUGCCCUGCGACUUCGCCGAGCUCUCUGCCGCCUUCGCCGUCAUCCCCUCGCUCGCCGGCUGCCAGCUGUCGGUGUGGAAGGUCAUCAUGGCGGUCCUCUACCUCGGCAACCUCGACUUCGCGGGCAAGGGGGCGGUCGGCGACUCGACCGUCGCGGACGCAAAGAUCGCCGACCCCUCCACCACCGCCGUCAUCGCCCGCCUCCUCUCCAUCCAGCCAACGGAGCUCGAGAACGCAAUCUGCAUCCAAAACAUCAACGCCGGAGGCGAGUGGAUCAACGCCUCCUCCGCACCCACGCCCGCAGCGGCAUCCCACACGCGCCCCGCCAGCCGCGACCCCCCGGGCACAACGGCGCAGGCGCUCUACUCGAAGCUCUUCGACUGGGUCGUCGAGAUGAUCAACUCGUCGCUCAUCUCCGGCGAGGGAGGCCGCUACUUCAUCGGCGCCGUCGACAUCUUCGGCUUCGAGUGCUUCCCGACAAACUCGCUCGAGCAGCUCUGCAUCAACUUUGCCAAUGAGCGGAUGCAGCACAUGUUUACGGAGGCUGUCUUCGAGUCGGUGAUCGCCGAGUACCAGAAGGAGGGCAUCGACGUCGCCGACAUCACGUUCGAGGACAACACCCCCCUGCUCGAGCUCAUCGACAAGCCGGCCACCGGCAUCCUCUCGCUGCUCGCCGAGGAGUGCUUCUUCCCAAACGGCACGGACGCCUCCUUCGCGCAAAAGAUCAAGCUCGCGCACGCCAGACACCCGUGCUUCGCCGAGGUGAAGCUCGACCGCACCGCCUUCACCCUCUCGCACUUCCCGGGCAAGGUGACCUACCAGUCGGCCGGCUUCCUCGAGAAGAACAAGGACCCGCUCCCGCAGGACCUGGUCGUGCUCAUGCGCUUCUCCGACGACGACUUCGUCAAGACCCUCUUCGAGGAGAAGAAGGGCGCCGGCGUGAUCGACUCGUUCCGCGUCUCGCUCAACGAGCUCGUCAAGACGCUCAGCGCGACGAAGACGCACUUCAUCCGCUGCGUCAAGCCAAACAUGGACAAGAAGGCGAUGUCCUGGGACGAGGACGUGAUGCAGCGGCAGCUCCGCACCUCGGGCGUGGUGCAGGCGGUGAAAGCGACGCGCAAGGGCUUCCCCGACAUCCUCCCCUUCGCCGAGCUCCUCUCGCGCUUCGAGCAAGUCGUGCCCAAGGCGGCCAUCGGCAAGGCGGGGGCCGAGGGCGUGCGCGCGCUGCUCAAGGGCGCCGAGGUGCCCGAGACGGACUACCGCGUCGGCAAGACCAAGGUCUUCCUCGGCGUGGGCGUGCUCGACCGGCUCGAGCAGCGGCGGAUGGAGUACAUCGCGUCCAAGGUGAUCUCGAUGCAGGUCCUGGCGCGCGGGUACCUCGCGAGGAGAAGGCUGUUGGCGAAGCGCGACGCGAAGGCGGGCGGCGACUACAAGAAGCAGCAGGAGGCGAAGAGGGCAGCUGAGGCCGCCUUGAGGAAGAAGCGCGAGGAGGCGGCGGCGGCGGCGGCCGCCGCGAAGGAGGAGGAGGCGGCGGCGAAGGUGCGGCAGGCGCGGUACCAGCGCGCGCGCAAGAUGUCCUUCGAGCGGAAGACGGCCAAGAGCAAGAAGGAGGAGGCCGAGCAGGCCGAGCAGGAGAAGAAAGCCGCGGCCGAGAAGGAGAGCGAGAAGAAGCGCUUCUCGCUCUUCAAGAAGAAGGCGGCCGACGAGGCAAAGGCGGAGGCGCGGGCGGAGGAGGCGAGGAAGGCGGCCGAGAAGAAGAAGAAGGAGGACGACGUGUGGGCGCAGUACAACUUCCACUGCGAGGUGCGCCUCGGCAGCCAGAAGGGGGGGGGGGGUUCCCUCUCGGUGACCUCGCAUCUGCGUCUCGGCGGCAGGUGA